AUCCUCCCUUUCUCUCUCUUUAUCUCUCAGACAUAGCCAGCUGGUACUAAGCAGAGGUAUUCAUCCAUCCUCUACUCCCUCCUUUUUUUCCUGCUGUCCCAGCUGCUCUCUCUACCUCUCUCUGCCUCCUCCUCUCUCACCCCUCCUUCCUCCUUCUCCCCCUCCUCCUCCUCCUCCUCCUAUCUCAACCUCCUUUCCACCGUCAUUUCCCUCCUGUUCAUAUGUCCCGGCGAGACGUCGCGGACUGAGCGUGUGUGUGUGUAUGUGUGUGUACAUAGAGGAUGGCUCAGUGCUCAGGUGCAGGCAGCAGUCUCUGGGAACCAGUCAAGCAGGCAGCAGGACCAGUUUAUUUACCCAGACGAUAGAGCGCUCUGCUGGGUUAGGGGCUGGAGCUUGAGCCCCUUCUUGGAACCUCCAACCCUGGAGCUCUACUGAUGAACAGUUUUUAUACAUUAUUCUUAAUCAAGAGGACAAUAUCACCUGACUGUGGAGCAUAUAGAUAUAUUUUGUAUUUGCUAUAAUUGGCACUUGUUUUUGCACUUUGAGCACUGACAAGUGGAAGCAGCUGGUGGAGCUGGAGGAGCGUGUCCUGCCACAAACUGGACCUUUGCAUCUGCACAGCGUGGAAAGCUGCUGAGGGAGAUAAAGAAGAACAAAAGAAAAGAGGGAAAUCUUGAAAACGAGGAGAGGAAAACCCUUCCUCUCACACACCUGUGAGGGCUCCUUCUCUUGACAAAAGCGCCGGCCGAGGAUCUUGGGAGGAACAAAAAGAUAAUUAGGAGCUAAAAGAAGAAAAGGCUAAAGAGGAGAGACUGUGGCUCCAUCCAUCCCUCCAUUCAUUCAUCCCUCCUUCUCCCGUUUUCCCACCUGUGAGGAUUAAUUGGACUGUGGCAGCAUGGCGCACGCCGCCUCGCAGCUGAAGAAAAGGGCGGACGAGAACCUCAACACUGUGGAGGAUGAGAAGGAGAAGAAGAAGGCGGCGAGGAAGCGCUCCCGCGAAGCAAAGAAAAAGACGGAUAUAAACGCCUGUUAUCUGCGAUCAGCUCGGGCCGGGAACCUCGAGAAAGCUUUGGACUACCUGAAGAAUGGAGUCGACAUCAAUAUUUGCAACCAGAACGGUCUGAAUGCUCUCCAUCUGGCCUCGAAGGAGGGCCAUGUGGAGGUGGUGGCUGAGCUCAUCAAGAAGGGCGCCAACGUGGACGCAGCGACAAAGAAAGGAAACUCUGCCCUCCACAUAGCUUCCCUCGCUGGGCAGACCGACGUGGUGAAGGAACUCGUCACCCACAGCGCCAACGUCAAUGCACAGUCUCAGAAUGGCUUCACUCCGCUGUACAUGGCGGCGCAGGAGAACCACAUGGACGUGGUGCAGUACUUAUUGGACCACGGCUCGAGUCAGAGCAUCGCCACUGAGGAUGGUUUCACUCCGCUGGCGGUGGCGUUGCAGCAGGGCCACGACCAGGUGGUGUCCCUCCUGCUGGAAAACGACACCAAGGGGAAGGUCCGCCUGCCCGCUCUGCACAUCGCCGCACGGAAAGACGACACCAAGGCCGCCGCGCUCCUCCUCCAGAGCGACCACAACGCUGACGUGGAGUCCAAGAUGAUGGUGAAUAGAACAACAGAGAGCGGUUUCACUCCUCUCCACAUCGCGGCUCACUACGGCAACAUCAACGUAGCAACGCUCCUGCUGAACAGAGGGGCAGCUGUGGACUUCAAGGCGAGGAAUGACAUAACGCCGCUGCACGUAGCAUCCAAACGUGGGAAUGGCAACAUGGUGCGACUGCUGCUGGAGAGAGGAGCCAAGAUAGAUGCACGGACCAAGGACGGUCUGACUCCUCUCCACUGUGGAGCCAGGAGUGGUCACGAGCAGGUGGUGGAGAUGCUGCUGGACAGAGGAGCUCCGAUACUGUCAAAGACAAAGAACGGUUUGUCUCCGCUUCACAUGGCGACGCAGGGCGACCACCUCAACUGCGUCCAGCUGCUGCUGCACCACGAGGUGCCCGUGGACGACGUGACCAACGACUACCUGACGGCGCUGCACGUGGCCGCCCACUGCGGGCACUACAAGGUGGCGAAGGUGAUCGUGGACAAGAAGGCCAACCCCAACGCCAAGGCACUGAAUGGUUUCACCCCCCUGCACAUUGCCUGUAAGAAAAACAGAGUCAAGGUGAUGGAGCUACUUCUGAAGCAUGGAGCGUCGAUACAGGCCGUCACUGAGUCCGGUCUGACUCCGAUCCAUGUUGCAGCGUUUAUGGGACACGACAACAUCGUGCACCAGCUGAUCAACCACGGAGCUUCACCGAACACAAGCAAUGUGAGGGGGGAGACGGCGCUCCACAUGGCAGCGAGGGCCGGACAGUCGAAUGUGGUCCGAUAUCUGAUCCAGAAUGGAGCACGAGUCGAUGCCAAGGCCAAGGACGACCAGACUCCGCUGCACAUCUCAAGCCGUCUCGGUAAGCAAGACAUCGUCCACCAGCUGCUGUCGAACGGAGCGUGCCCGGAUGCCACGACCAGCUCCGGAUACACACCUUUACACCUGGCCGCCAGGGAGGGACACCGAGACUUGGCGUCAGCUCUGCUGGACCAAGGAGCUAGUCUGGACAUUAUCACCAAGAAGGGCUUCACUCCGUUGCAUGUGGCUGCAAAAUACGGGAAGAUCGAGGUCGCCAACCUGCUGCUGCAGAAAAACGCUCCGUCUGAUGCUGCGGGGAAGAGUGGACUAACUCCACUGCAUGUGGCAGCACACUAUGAUAACCAGAAGGUGGCGCUGCUCCUGCUCAACCAGGGAGCUUCACCGCACGCUGCUGCAAAGAACGGUUACACACCACUCCACAUCGCAGCGAAGAAGAAUCAGAUGGAGAUAACCACCACUCUACUGGAGUACGGUGCCUCCACCAACACGGUGACGCGCCAGGGGAUCACUCCUCUGCACCUCGCGGCGCAGGAAGGCAACGUGGACAUCGUGACGCUGCUGCUGGCUCGAGACGCUCCUAUAAACAUGAGCAAUAAGUCCGGUCUGACUCCGCUCCACCUGGCUGCCCAGGAGGAUAAAGUCAACGUUGCGGAGGUCUUAGUCAACCAGGGAGCUACUAUAGACCCAGAGACCAAGCUGGGAUACACUCCUCUCCAUGUGGCCUGUCACUAUGGCAACGUGAAGAUGGUCAAUUUCCUGCUGAAAAAUCAGGCGAAGGUCAACGCUAAGACCAAGAACGGUUACACACCCCUCCAUCAGGCUGCCCAGCAGGGACACACACACAUCAUCAACCUGCUGCUACAUCAUGGAGCGUCGCCCAACGAACUCACCGCUAAUGGGAACAGCGCUCUGUCCAUUGCCAGGAGGCUCGGCUACAUCUCUGUAGUUGACACACUCAAAGUGGUCACAGAGGAAACUCUGACUACUCAGACUGUGAUAGAGAAGCACAAGAUGAACGUUCCAGAGACCAUGAACGAAGUGCUGGACAUGUCCGACGAUGAAGGUGACGAUGCAAUGACGGGGGACACGGACAAAUAUCUGGCCCCCCAGGACCUGCGGGAGCUGGGGGACGACUCGCUCCCUCAGGAGGGCUACAUGGGCUUCAGCGUCGGUGCUCGAUCACAGAGCCUGCGUUCCUUCAGUUCUGAUAGGUCCAACACGCUGAACCGGAGCUCGUUCACGCGGGACAGCAUGAUGAUAGAGGAGAUGCUGGCGCCCAAUAAGGAGAUGCAUUUGGCGGUGGCUAAAGACUUUGACAACGACUCUCUGAGGAGAUACAGCUGGACCGCAGACGCACUGGAUAACGUCAACCUCGUCUCCUCACCGAUACACUCCGGGUUCCUGGUCAGCUUCAUGGUCGACGCCAGGGGCGGCUCCAUGAGAGGAAGUCGUCACAACGGCAUGCGCAUCAUCAUCCCGCCCAGGAAGUGCACAGCGCCCACCAGGAUCACCUGUCGGCUGGUCAAGAGACACAAACUGGCGUCGCCUCCUCCGAUGGUGGAAGGAGAAGGCCUGGCCAGCCGACUGGUGGAGGUCGGUCCGGCCGGAGCUCAGUUCCUCGGUAAACUACAUCUUCCCAGAAAGCUGCCAGCCCUUAAUGAAGGCGAGAGCCUGGUUAGUCCAGUGCUUCAGCUGGGACCCAGAGGAACUAGAUUUGUUGGGCCGGUGAUAGUGGAGAUCCCUCAUUUUGGCUCGAUGCGCGGCCAGGAGAGAGAGUUGAUCCUGCUGCGCAGCGAGAACGGAGAAUCCUGGAAGGAGCAUCUGUACGACUUUAAGACUGACGACCUCAGUCAGCUCCUCAGUGGGAUGGAUGAAGAACUGGACAGCCCUGAUGAUCUGGAGAGGAAGAGAAUCUGCCGCAUCAUCACCAAGGACUUCCCACAGUACUUUGCUGUCGUGUCUCGAAUCAGGCAGGAGACCAAUCAGAUGGGACCAGAGGGCGGGACUCUGUGCAGCCGGAGCGUCCCGUUGGUUCAAGCUUCCUUCCCCGAGGGGGCGUUAACCAAGAAGAUCAAAGUUGGACUGCAGGCCCAGCCGGUACCCGACGACUAUGUGAAGAAAACCCUCGGUAACCGGGCAACCUUCAGCCCCAUCGUUACCGUGGAGCCCAGAAGAAGGAAGUUCCAUAAGCCCAUCACCAUGACAAUCCCAGUCCCGCCGCUCUCAGGGGAGGGGCUCACCAAUGGCUACAAAGGAGACUGUACGCCAUGUCUCCGCCUCCUCUGUAGCAUUACAGGUGGUACGUCCCCAGCACAGUGGGAAGACAUCACUGGCACAACUCCUCUCACCUUCGUCAAUGACUGCGUCUCCUUCACCACUAAUGUUUCUGCCAGGUUCUGGUUAGCAGACUGCCACCAGAUCCCGGAGACGGUGGGCUUGGCCAUGCAGCUGUACAGGGAGCUCAUCUGCGUGCCCUACAUGGCCAAGUUUGUGGUGUUUGCUAAGACGAACGACCCCGUGGAGUCCAGACUGAGGUGCUUCUGUAUGACGGACGACAAGGUGGAUAAGACCCUGGAGCAGCAGGAGAACUUCGAGGAGGUGGCCAGGAGCAAAGACAUAGAGGUUCUGGAGGGCAGGCCCAUCUAUGUGGACUGCUAUGGAAACGUGGCUCCUCUGACUAAAGGUGGUCAGCAGUUAGUUCUUAACUUCUACGCCUUCAAGGAGAACCGUUUGCCCUUCUGUGUCAAGGUGAGAGAUCCCAGCCAGGAGCCCUGCGGCCGUCUUACGUUCCUCAAAGAGUGUAAGACCAUGAAAGGCGUUCCACAGACCGCCGUGUGCAACCUGAACAUCACACUUCCUGCAGUGAAAAAGGAAAUGGAGUCAGAUGCCGAGGAUGAGACUGAAAAGCCAGAGCGACGUCAUACCUUUGCAUCCCUAGCCUUACGUAAGCGCUACAGCUAUCUGGCCGAGCCUGCACUGAAAACAGCAGUUGAACGAAGCACAACAGCAAGAACACUGCCUGCUGGUUACCCUCACAAACCUGUCUUUCCAACCAGACCUUACCCACCAUGGUCGACUGCUCCUAUUACCGUCCCUGGUCAAACAAGGCCAGUCGGAGUGGGGGGUUCCCUCACCUCUACCGAUUCACCGGCAGGCUCACCAGCUGCUUCUCCAUUGAAAACUACCUGGCCCCUUUCCUCCCCGUUACCUGCAUGCGCUGCAACAAUCAAAGCCCCCCUGGGAGCACCACCACCUUCCAUGUCAUCCCCAGUUAAAUCAGUUAGCGAACUAAUGUCCUCAUCCCCCAUCAGGUCUUACAGGACUAUGCCUUCACCCAUUAAAACCGUUGUCCAGCUGGGUCAGUACCCUGUCCAGGGGUCUGCCAGCCUUGUGUCCUCUGGAAGCCCGUGUAAACCUGCCACAGAUCCAGCAUCUAUCAAAAGCCUUGCUUCAGCAUACACAUCAAGGACUUCCCCACUUCACUCGAUACCCAAUGGUUCUGUACCAGAGAGGUCAUCAGCUCCCGCAUCGCCAAAGUCACCUUACAACAUGUACAGUUCUAAUCUGCCUUUUAAAACUGCCCUUGGGUCCACAAUUGCGACAGAUGCAGGCGCACCUAGCCUUUCUCCCGUUAAAAGCAUCUCCAGCCUGUCCUCUUUGAAAACCUCUGUAGAUUCAACACUCUCAACCAGAGGAGGGAGGACGUCCCUCUCAUCUCUCUCCUCGACCGGGCAGACAACCAUUGCUUCCUCAGAACUCUCCAUGAUGAACGGAUCAGUCUCUCCUGUUAAAUAUCCGUCCUCCUCCUCCACGCCAUCCUCCCCUUCUUCUCGCCAAAUCUCAGAGAGAAGUAGCAGCCUUCAGGAGAGGAUUCAGGCCACCACCCAGGCAGCGACCUCCGGCGUCAGCGCAGCCAUAAAUGAAGCUAUCGACUCAUAUUCUGUGUCGGGCUAUGGCACUCUUAGAUCACUGUCCUCCUCGCGUAGGACUGCAGCAACAAGCUCCGCUUACGGUUCUCUGAGAUCUGUAGCUGCCUCCUCCGGCUCGGCAGUUUCUUCUAACACAAUGACUGUUCCUGUGUUUUCCUUAGUCAACGUCAUUCCAGACACCCCUGUCAAACCAGGGCCAGGGUCUCUCAAAAUGGCACUGCCUGAUUCCUCUCGUGCCUCAUCCUCGUUGUCUUCUUCUUUGUCUUCAUGUGUUACCUCGUCAAAAAUAAAGUCCCAACUGAAAUCCCCUCCGUUUAUCACGCCGGCCAUCAUCCACCCAACUGGAACUUCCAACCAGGAGAUACUAAAAGAUGUAGCAGACAUGAAAGAGGAUCUGAUCAGGAUGACGGCUAUCCUGCAGACAGACACACAGACAGCAGCUAAAACUGUUCAAACGUCAUACACUGGCACUCCUAAAGAGACCAAGUUAGAGGACGAGGAGCCAUUUACUCUAGUGGAGAAAGUGAAAGAAGACUUAGUGAAAGUCAGCGAGAUAUUAAAGAAAGAUGUCAAGAGUGAAGGUAAGGUAGGUAGAGAGAGAGCUUCAGAGGAUGAAUGGGAGGAAUUUUCCAAAGAUGAGAUUGAGGAAGCACAAAGUGCCUACUCGGACUUUUACCCUCUCUUUGAUGAAAACACACUCCUGCUCAAGCAGCAGUCCAUGUCAAGUAAAGACUUAGAGUUGGCUAAAGUAGUAGACUUUUUAACAAAUGACAUUGGCGCUAGCUCUCUCUCCAGAAUGGCGGAGUUGAAAUGUAGGUACGAGGAGGAGGCAAAAAGGGAAGGGGAAGAGAAACAGAAACGUGUCCUUAAACCAUCUAUGUCGAUACAAGAGCACAAACUCAAAAUGCCUCCACCGGUCUCAGGCAUGCUCAGGUCUCCCUCAGAGAAGGACCUGAGCAAACUUACUGAAUCCUAUCAGGGGACGGACACUAUUUUGGAGUCACCCGAGGACCUGUCCCAUGAACAGGAUAAGAGUCCCCUGUCCGACAGCGGGUUCGAGACCAGGAGUGAAAAGACACCGUCUGCUCCUCAGAGUGCAGAGAGUACAGGACCUAAGCCUUUAUUCACAGAUUCACCCAUCCCUCCCUGCGUCACUGAGACCAGGACUGAAGUGGUCCACAUUAGGAGCUACGAUGAUCCUUUUGAGCCUUUACUCAUGGACGAGGCUGCAUCUGCUCUCCCCUUUAUGGAGCCAGAUGCAGCUUCAUCGAGCUCCAUGCAAGCCAUGGCAAUGCCAGAAGAGGACUCCAUGAUGAACACGAGUGUGUGUCUUAAAGAGGAAACUCAUAUUACUACUACAACUAGAAUGGUCUAUCACAAGCCCCAACUGACCGACAACGUAGAGAUGAUAGAGGAAGGUAUGUCAGUUAGAGAUAUCAUGAAAGCUUUCCAGUCAGGUAGGGACCCAUCUAAAGAGCUGGCAGGCCUUUUUGAACACAAAGCUAGCCAGGAUUCUGUCAAAGGUGACGAGCUGACUCCUAGAUUUCUUGACAGAGACAUUAAAUCUAAACCCAAAGUUGAAAGGAUAAUCGAGGUUCAUAUCGAAAAGGGCCACAGCACAGCAGAGCCGACUGAGGUCAUCAUCAGGGAAACCAAGAAACACCCUGAGCUUUAUGUCUACAAAGGGGACCAUGGGAUUAGGGAACUUACCGAUUACGAUGAGGCCCAACAGGAAGAGGAGGAACUUACUGCCGAAGAAUCUCUGCCCUCCUUCCUAGAAACAUCUCGCGUUAACACCCCAGUGUCACAGGAGGAGGACAGUCGCCCAAAUUCUGCCCAGCUGAUAGCAGACGAUUCAUAUAAAACCCUGAAACUAUUGAGCCAACAGUCCGUAGAAUACUGUGAUGAUGAUCUAUCUGAAAUCAGAGGCGAGUCAUAUAGGUUUGCUGAGAAAAUGCUCCGCUCAGAGAAACUUGACGCGUCAUCGCUGUCUCACUCUGACACAGAGGACUCGGCAAUAGUGACUGACAGAAACCGCCACCUAGUUUCUGAGGAGAGUGGUAGCCGUGGCACUGAGAGUCAGCAACAUGGAAGCCCCAAAAGAGAGUAUGUUUCUAAGUCAUCUAAAGAUGGGUCCCCUAUGUCUGGUAAAUUCGUGCACAGGGACGAACCAUCUCAGUUUGAUAAGGUGACAGUGCUUCAUUACUCCACAGAGCAGGGAAGCCCCAAACAUGCUGUUUGGAUGCGAUUUACAGAGGAUAAACAUGACAGGAGCAGGGAUAAGCUCCUUUACGAGGAUAGGGUGGAUCAAUCUGUAAAGGAAGCUGAAGAAAAACUCAGUGAGGUAUCACAGUUCUUCCGUGACAAAACAGAGAAGCUCAAUGAUGAGCUGCAGUCCCCUGAGAAAAAGCCUGUGAAACGAGUGCCAAAGGAACCCAGGUCCUGGCCUAGCUCUGCCUGCAGUACCCCUGAGAAAACACAGCAGAAACCUAAAGCAGAAGAGGGCUUCAGUAAAAGCAAACUCAGGGAGCCUUCUGUUGGUAAAAUGUUUGACAGUGUAACUGAAAAGAAAAGUUCUAGCUUACCAAGCAGUCCCCAGAAAAGCAGUGAGGAUAAAAUUAAACAGCAAACUAAAACCAGUGAAUCUGAACCUUCUUCUCCCUCUCAUGUAAAAUCAACAUCCAAAGUCAGCGCUGCAAGGAUGAAGUUUGAAUCUGAGGCUCAGAAACAAACGCAGUUUAGUCCAACCAAAAUUCCUCCUCCAGUGCAGCCAAAACCUUCAAUAAAGAAAUUACAGGAGAGCAAACUUCCUGUUUAUCAGUGUUACACAGGAGGAAAAACACCAAAAGUAUCUGAACCGUCACAAAAGGUAACUCUAAAAAAGGAUGUAGAAAAGGACACAUCUGCUGUCACCGACAGCACUAAACCUGCUUUGAUAUCAUCAACAUCUAAAUCCCCAAAACAUACAGGAGACAAGUCGCCAAACAAAAACAUCCCAGAGCCCUCGUUGCAAAGACAAAUUAGUGAGACUGAGAGUCAAAAAGCAACUACCAAAGGGAAAGAUAUCCCUUCCACUGUUACUCAGGAAAUUAAGGAAAGCAAUAAAGGUCAGAAAGUCCAGGCACCUGUUGUUCAUGAUACUGCUAAACUACUAGAGAAAGACAGUGAUGCUAAAAAGAGCCAACAAGUCACAAAAAGUGCUUCCAAAGAAGUAAUAGCUGAGGCGUUAAGAAAAGACGCAGAAGAACCACCAAACAAAAACCUCAGAAAAAAGACAGAAUCACAAAUUCCUGUAAGAUCUUCCACUUUAGAUUAUGACUUCACAAAGAAACAGACAAUAACUAAACCAUCACAGAUACCUACAUUAUCUAAAAGCAAAAUACAGACGAGCCUUGAGACAGCCCUGGCAAAAACAGAUCUGACCUUUGAAAUUCUAGAUAAUGCGCCCAAAGAUUCCAACUCCAACAACCUCCCCAGCCCUAGAGACACACUGGAGAAAGUCAUAACCCCUCCAGAUGCUAUAACAACCAAAGAGAACUUCAAGGGCAUCAAAACUUUACCUGUUUAUGUCAGUGUUCAGGUGGGAAGGCAGGCAGAGAGGGAAGCCAAAGGGACACUGUACACAGUCAAGCAGAAAACAAACUCAGCACUCAGCCCCAUAAGCCCAGAUGAUGAUACACUAGAACAAGUUUCCUUCAUAGAUAGCUCAGGUAAAAGCCCCAUUACGCCAGAAACCCCCAGCUCUGAGGAGGUCAGCUAUGACCUCUUGCCCAGGACCCCUGAUGGCUUUAUGGGAUUCAUGCCAGGACAACCCAGCCCCAUCAUGGAGGUAUCUGAAGAAUCAGAGGAAGAUGACUUAAGCAGAGUUUUUUUCUCUUUUAAAGAGGUCCUACCGGAAAGCAAAACUAGUGUUCACACCACCCAAGCAGACCUUGCUAAUGCUAAUGAGCAAGAAACAGAAACUAAUGAUAACCAGCAGGAAACAGCAACUAAUGGCCAACAUGAUGAAAUGACCGAGCAGGAGCAUCAAGAAGUCUCAAAAGACAAAGGUAUUGCAUAUAUUGAGUUCCCUCCCCCACCUCCUCUGGACUCUAAUUCAGAAAUAUCCGACCCAGAAAGGAAAGGUUCCUGUGCCUCUUCAGAGGCCGAGACAGAAAUGAUGGAGGUGAACUUACAGGAAGAACAUGACAAGCACCUGCUGACCGAGCCAAUUAUACGUAUCCAACCCCCUACCCCGGUGUCCCAGGAGGAAGAUGACAGUCAAUCAAAUGAUGAAAGAACAGGAGACGACGAGGAUGAGUCAAUCUUUCAAACAAUUCCUUGUAAGAAAUUCAAUUUCAAAGUUCCCGAGGAGGAGGAGAAGAGGAAGGAGAAGGAAAAGGCAUCUAAAGCCAAAAAACAUGACAAAAAUGGAAACAACAAAGAACUUAAUGGCGGGACCAAUGGCGGGACCAAUGGCGGGACCAAUGGCGGGACCAAUGGUGGGACCAAUGGCGGGACCAAUGGAGGGACUAAUGGCUCCAAUGGUUCUAAUGGCAAAGGAGAGGAAUAUGAUUAUGAGCAAAAUGGAAAUGACCAGUCCAUUACAGACUGUUCAAUAGCCACAACGGCUGAAUUUUCUCAUGACACAGAUGCAACAGAGAUAGACUCUCUAGAUGGAUAUGAACUUCAGGAUGAAGAUGACGGCCUGUGCGAGCAGGCAGAUUUACGGCUGUUUGGGCUUCCAGACAGCCGGAGAGACGUCUGGGCAACAGACACAUUUAGGUCCACCGACCGCUCUUUUCCACCGACCAAACUGGAAGUUAUUGAAGAGGAGAAAACCCCGGAGGAAUGUCAAAAGGACCCUUUCAAAAAAGAUAGCCCCCCAAAUGGUGAGACACCUGAUGGUGUUAGUAAAGAUGGGGUUAAAGGUCAGGAACAAAAACCGUCAGAUAAAGAGGGAUUUUCAGACACUUACUUUAGUUAUAAGUUAGAAGAGGAGUUUAAUUCUCCUUUUAAGACUGUUGCCACUAAGGGGCUGGACUUUGACCCCUGGCCCAGUAAAGGUGGAGAAGAAGAAGUCGUUGACAUGGGAGGGACAAGGGAAAGCAAUGGUGAGCCUAAGCCUUUUGGACUGGCAGUGGACGACCAGUCUCAGGCCACAACACCAGACACUACCCCAGCCCGAACACCAACGGACGAUAGCACGCCGACGAGCGAGCCGAACCCAUUCCCCUUCCAUGAAGGGAAGAUGUUUGAGAUGACACGCAGUGGUGCAAUUGACAUGAGCAAGAGGGACAUGGUGGAGGAGAGGCUGCAGUUUUUUCAGAUUGGUGAGCAUUACCACUUGGCGGGCAGGUACAGGGUCAGGGAUUUAGAGGUAGAUGCCUCCUCACAACACGGGGAUCAUUUUAAUAUUCAGGAUCCCACGGAUACCUUAACAGUCCCUCAAGUCUCCAUUCAGACUACUACUGUCCAGCUAGAAAUAACAAAUACGGCUGGCAGUUACACCACAUGCAGAGACUCCAACACUGAGCCUAAAUUCUCCACUUUUAGAACAGGAUUCAAGUUGUCAUCUGAUAAAACCUCUGAUGCUUCAAAUAGCACUUCUAAAUGUGGAAUACCAGGCAUCUUUGAUCACUCUAAUGACAUAACCUCAGGAACAACUGUAGAUACUUCUUAUUCUGUAACCUCAGAUUAUUCUAAUUUUGAUAUAUCAGGCAUCACAGAUUAUUAUUCAAAUCACAGAAUACCUUCAAGUGCAUCCAACCAUUUGGAUUGGACUUCAGAAAAUCCCAUUUAUUACCAAAGCACAGAUUCAUCAUCCGCACAACAUGUUAGCAAUCGCCAAGCAUGGAGCAGCAAUACCAGUGGCAACAUCCCUGACUCCCAUUCAGACGUCAGUCAGGCUGUAUUCAACUUGUUGUCCUCUUCGGGACCCACUCUCGGCAGGAGUGUCGGCAGGAUAGAAGCGUCCUUCAGCCAGCUAGAGGAGAACAGCAGGGAAGGCAGGGCUUAUACUCAUGUAGCAAUAACAAACACAGCAGCCAAAGAGGUCAAAGGCAAGAUAUGCAAGUCCAGGUUACCGGUGAGGGCGCCCAGCCGCAAACUAUGCAGUCAAAGUCAACCAAUAGUGAAAGAUAAUGUUGAUAAAUUCCUAGAAAGGAAACAUGCAAAGGAUAAUGUCAGGGAAAGAUUAGACCCUUUUGAGAAUUUAUUUCCUAAAUCUAGAAUCCCAGUAAUGAAAGCCAUGAAAUACUCCUCUUGUUCACAGGAGCAGAAGCAGGUUCGAACUAAAUCUGUGUUUAGUGAUAGAAGCACUUCCAGGGGUAAUAAACAACUAACUAAAGGCAGAUCCAGCACUGAACAUAGAUACAGUUUAGGGAAAAAUGCAAGUAGAAGUAGCACAAAUGAGACGGGGAGAAAAAACAGUGCAGUGGUCUCCAAAAAAACAAGGUGUGUCAAUAGCCAGGUAGCCAAACGUUUGGACCAAACCAUUCCCAAGGAGGCUGAGAGAAAGUUAGAGGGGAAAACACAGCCCACUGAGGACGGAGAGAGCUGCAGCCUCAGCACUACCAGGAACACUUCCUUCACAUCUAGAGCUUCUAGAAGUUCCCGCCCUUCACGCACCUCUACCUCCACCUCCACCAGCACCACCACAUCAUCAACACCAUCUGCUAGAGAUGUGAGAGCUGAGGUUGAGCAGGCCAGCAGUGAGAGGAUGAGGAGGAGGAAGAGUAGGCGGACACUUGGAGGGAAGGAGCAAGAGCAGAAGGAGGAAGGGAGUCAGGUUGAUCAACCAAUCACGGCUACUGUCACGGAGACUAGCCCUCAGAGUCCCUGUGAGAGAACAGACCUCCGCAUGGCGAUAGUAGCCGACCACCUCGGACUCAGCUGGACUGAGCUGGCCAGGGAGAUGGAGUUCUCUGUGGAUGAAAUCAACUUUAUCAGAGUGGAGAACCCCAAUUCCCUGACAGCACAGAGCUUCAUGCUCCUAAAGAAAUGGGUGCACAGGGACGGUAAAAAUGCCACAACGGAUGCUUUAACUGCGGUGCUGACUAAGAUCAAUCGGUUGGAUAUUGUGACUUUGCUGGAAGGGCCCAUAUUUGACUACGGUAACAUUUCAGGCACACGCUGCUUUGCCGAUGAUAACGCAGUAUUCCCGGAUCAGUCCGAUGGAUACGACAAUAUAGAUCUGGAGCUGCAAACCCCCACAACCCUGAACUACCAGCCCCCGUCCCCGCUUCGCUCAGACGACUUCUUUAGCGAGGGCGAAGCUAGCGCAGAGUCCCCUAGCAAGAUCAUGCUCACUAGACCUAGCGACCUCUCUCUCACUCAGACCACCAGUACCUCCAGCAGCGACCCCCUCACAGUUGCCCCCGGCCCCACCUUCAAUGUCCCGCAGCCCCCCAACGCUGGGGCCGAAGAUACUGCCAUGACCACUGGAGAAAAAGGGAUGUCUAAGGAAGAAAAGACAGGGCUGGUUUAUUAUGAGGAUAAUGACAGAAGGGCAGUAGAGCUAUCAGGAAAGGGAACAGAUGAGGAGGCUGUAGAGAAAGAAGUGAAGGCAGGGCGAGGCGUUGAUUUGGAGCGUCAGGGAGAAGAUGCUGCCCCAGAAACUGGUCUUGGAAAUGGAAAGCAGGAAGAAGAAGAGGAGGAGGAGAUGACCCCGGAGAGGCUGCAGAGUCUGCUGGAGGAUAUAAAGCAGGAGGGAGGCUUGGAGGACGAGGAGAUGACAGAGGAGAGGAUGAAUGCUAUCCUCGAACAACUUCAGCAAGCAGACAAAGACGUGUGUUCAGUUCCAGGCUGGAGAAGCGAGACGUCCGGCGCAAUCGUAGAGUCGGCGGCCCACGGCCACAGCCCCGGCACCGAGGAGGGCAGUCCCGACAGUCUGGCUGAUUCUUUGGAGCAGCCAGCAGCGGCGCAGACCGACAGACAUAACGGCGGUCACAUCGAUGCAGCCAGGGAAGGAAAGGAAAAGGAGUCCAAGAGGAAGGGAUCUCAGGAGGACAGCAGCACAGCGGGACCAAGCAGAGGACGGGAGGAGGAGGGAGGUGAAAGGUCCCAGCACAAAGUCCAGGGGAGUGUUAGAGCUGACGAGUCCAGCUCCGAUGAGGAGACCACUGUCACCACCAGGGUGUUCCGCAGACGAGUCAUACUGAAGGGAGAGGAGGCCAAAAACAUUCCUGGAGAGUCUGUGACGGAGGAGCGGUUCACAGAUGAAGACGGGAAUCUGGUCACCAGAAAAGUGAUCAGAAAGGUGGUGCGCCGUGUGUUCACCACGGGGGAAAGUGAAGGAGAAACUGUUACACAAGAAGGAGCUGGUGUUGGUGUUGGUGGUGUUGAUGGUGGUGUAGCAGCAGCAGGUGGAUCAGGCGCUGCUUCUUCAGCAGGAGCCACAGGGGGGAAGGGCAAGAAGAGGGGGAAGCGCUCCCGACAGGGCAACAAGGCUGACAAGUCUGGAGAAAAACAUGAGCCUGGAGACAAGAAGCAAGGGAAGAAGAGUCAGUCAUAACAGUAGAGCUCUCAACUAAACCAGGUCCGCUGACGUCCACCUGCGACACCACAACAUAACACACCCUGGGAGGAAAAACAAGACUGGAAGUCUUCGUCAAUCGGCCAAAAUAACGUGUCUGAAGCUUUCACUUAGAACGCAUGGUUUUCAGCAACGACAACGCAAAACAAGUUAAUUUUCUUUGAUUUCGCAUGAGCAUGUCACCAAAAAACUCACUCACCGUUGGAAACGACACCGAAAAAGGACACGCAUGGACGUGAGCUGGAGCUUUUCUUAUCUUCCGAUGAAUGAAAUGCGCCUGUGUGACCAAAGACGGCACAAACAAGGAAAACUAAACGCUGACAGAUGAAAGGAAGACGUGUGAUUCACUCUCUCCCAGACACUCGCCUUAUAUGGUCUAUUUUUUCUCCUCCUGGACCCACAGUAUUGGGGUGUACCAUGUGGUUCUUUUUUUUUUUUUUUUUUAAAUGAAAUAUAAUAUUAAAUGGGUGAUUUUUGUUGUAUAUAAAUGACACUGUAUAAAAUCCAAAAAAAAAAAAAAUCAGUAGCUUCACAGAUUGUUUAUGCACUGAUUUGAGUUGAAGCUUUGCAGAGUCGGUGCAUUUGUAUUGAGAGGUCGACACUGUUUGAGCAGCCUUGAGUGUGCGACCUGACGUGCUCUUCCCAUAUGAAUAUAAAAAGGAACAAAAAAAAAAAGCCGUAUGUAAAUGAGAAACGAAUGAAAAAAAUAACUGCUUGAUUUGAAACAAAAGGACGUUUCUUUAACAGCUACUCCCGCUCAGUCUGUGGAACAUUAUUUGUCUUCAGAGAAAUAAUAUUUUGCUGCAUGUGACGUCACUUUAUUUUUAACGCUUUCCUUUUUAUUUUCCUCCUAAUUCAAAAAGCACUGUAAUAAAAUUAGAGAGAUGGUACGUCUGUCCUUGUGAGCACUCAUAAUAACCCAACCAUCCGUCAUCUAUAACUGUUUUUAUUUGAUUUUUUUUACGAAAAUGAAAACACACGCACACUCUCCGGUUAUCAGAUGUUCAGGGAAGGCACUGACGGUGCCCCCGAAUGUAACCUGCAGACUGGCACAUUGUGUGUUAUCUCCUAACUGCUAGCUGCCCCGUGUGAGCAACAUCAAAUGUCUAUGUGUAAGCCCAUCAUGCAUACUAGAUGUGUAAGUUAAAGCUUUUAGGUCUGCUGUGAUUUUAAAAACGGGACUUUUAUUUUGACGGUUUGAUGAUUUUUCUUUAAUUACAUGAGAACAGAUAAUCUACAUUUUUAGCCCCAUUAUCCAAAUAUACUUUUUAUUAACAACUACAGUAUUGAUCACACAUUGUUAAAAAUCUGAUCUUCUGUUCCUGUGUAAUUUUAUUUCUUUUUGUCUUUUUUCAUACAAAACCACCCCGAAGCAUCCAUUGUUGAUGAUUAAUCUGGUACCAACAUGUAUGAUGAACCAACAUAGCCUACACUGGAUGAUCCAAGUAAUUAUUUAAGCAGAAAAAUAAACUGUGUUUAAACUGAA